CAGUGAGUCAGACACCUCGGUAGCUUGCAGGACAAUAGCCGAAACAAUACAUUGCUUUAGUGUAUAUUAGCCACUGUGUUUUAAACCCACUUCUAUCGUCUAGUUAGUUAUCCGAUUUAAUUUCAUAUUUACGGUGUAGUUAUUAGUCAGCUAGCGGGGUGGUUAAGUUAGCAUUAGCAUAGCUAGCUAACAUAUCCGACCAUGAGUUCACCAAGCUACUCUCCUUCUAAUGAAGAGAAUGAUAUUACAGUAAAACAAGAAGUAGAGAGUGGGGCCUUUACUGUGAAAGAAGAGGAGGACGCGUUCAGAGUGAAAGAGGAGGGGGAGGAGAUUACUUUUACAACGAAAAGGGAGGAGGAGGAAGAAGAGGAGGAACCUGGAUAUCUGGGCCCGGUUUCCCAAACGCAUCUUAAGGCGUCCAAUGGUUCUAACGAUCAAUUUAACCAUAAGAUGGUUUUGAGAAACCGCUCCCUGACCAACACUAGAGAGAGACGUGACUAUCGUGGAUCCUCUGGGGAGCCUCAACAACCUCAUGAUGCUGAGGAGACAGAGAAGAGUCUCUCCAGAUCAGAACACCUCAAUAAACACCCGCAGAGACCCACAGGGAAGAGAACUCACUGCUGCUCUGACUGUGGGAAGAGAUUCACAUCAUCAGGCAUUAAAAUUCAUCAGAGAACACACACAGGAGAGAAAUCUUAUAGCUGUGGUCAAUGUUGGAGGAGUUUUACAACAUUAAUCUCUCUGAAAAUACACCAGAGAACACACACAAGAGAGAAACGUUAUAGCUGUGAUCAAUGUGGGAAGAGAUUUGCUAAAUCUGGCACCCUGACUCAACACCAGAGAACACACACAGGAGAGAAACCUUAUAGAUGUGAUCAAUGUGGGAAGAGAUUUGCUACAUCUUGCACCCUGACUCAACACCAGAGAACACACACAGGAGAGAAAUCUUAUAGCUGUGAUCAAUGUGGGAAGAGUUUUAGUCGAUCUGGAGUUCUGACAGUGCACAAGAGAAUACACACAGGAGAGAAAUCUUAUAGCUGUGAUCAAUGUGGGAAGAGAUUUGCUACAUCUGGCACCCUGACUCGACACCAGAGAACACACACAGGAGAGAAACCUUAUAGCUGUGAUCAAUGUGGGAAGAGUUUUAGUCGAUCUGGAAUUCUGACAGUGCACAAGAGAAUACACACAGGAGAGAUCUUAUAGCUGUGAUCAAUGUGGGAAGAGAUUUGCUACAUCUAGCAGCCUGACUCAACACCAGAGAACAGACACAGGAGAGAAACCUAGGGUCCUAGGGCUCAGGUCCUCAGAGAGUGAGAAAGAAAGAAUUAGAGAGAGCAUACUUAAAUUCACACAGGACACCGGAUAAGACAGGAAAAGUACUCCAGAUAUA